AUGAGUCUUGCAAGCCAUCGAUUUGAAAAAGCCGCUUUCCUAGCCAGCCAGCAGAUUCACGAGAAUGGAUGCAACGGAGGGCUAUGUCUGCAAUUCAUCGAUGUGCACACGGCGCAGUUUAGAGACAGGAAAAGGCUAGAUUGGCUAAUUUCUGACUACGAAGCUGCAAUGUCUUCGAUGGAGGAGAAAUUGCUGCGUUUGAGUGAACCAAAGCAAAAUCCCUUCGUUGGAGAACUUCACCCGCUCGGGAAAUUCUUCUUCGGCUCAUUUUUCUCCACAAGAAUGGAUCACCUCACUUGUUUUCUACCUGGGACACUUUGCACUUGGGUUGCACAUGGAAUGCCUAGCAGACAUCUCACCAUUGCUCAAGGAUUAGCUGAGGGUUGUCAUGCAAUGUAUCAAACGAAAACUGGUUUGGCGCCUGAGGCCAUCUAUUUCAAUAUGGAUCCGAAGAAGAUGGAUGACUUCUCUUGUGAGCCAUCCGACUCCCAUUCUCGCCUCCGUCCUGGAGCGAUUGAGGCCUGGUUUUCAUGUACCGUU